UACCCCGCCGGGCCGCCUUCGCGGGGGUCCCCGCCGAGGCGCGGCACCGGACCCGGUACUGCCGCCGCCCCGCGCUGCUCCCGCCUCUGCCCCGCAAGAGCCCCCUACCGCCAGCCAACGCACCUUCCGCCGUUCUUCACCCUCCACUCCCUUCUCCCGACCCCCGGAUCCAGGUCCCGGGCCCCCGGCCCGGCAGCAGCUCAGCCCCUCGCUUUCUCCGGGGUUCAUAACUGCUUGUGAGACCGGGCCUAUCUUCGUGCAGCGCUAAAGAGGCUUCUCCAGGGCUGUAUUUCUGAAAGCUGAGAAGCCAUAGUUAAAAUGACCACAGCAGCGAGGCCGACGUUCGAACCUGCGAGAGGAGGAAGAGGAAAAGGGGAAGGAGAUUUAAGUCAGCUAUCCAAACAAUAUUCCAGCAGAGACCUUCCUUCUCAUACUAAAAUCAAGUACAGACAGGCCACUCAGGAUGCUCCUGAAGAGGUGCGCAACCGGGAUUUCAGGAGGGAGCUGGAGGAGAGAGAGCGCGUCGCUGCCAGGGAAAAGAACAGAGACAGGCCAAACAGAGAACACACAACAUCAUCUUCUGUGUCUAAGAAGCCUCGGCUAGACCAGAUUCCUGCAGCAAAUCUUGAUGCAGAUGAUCCUCUUACUGAUGAAGAUGAUGAGGAUGAUGACUUGGAAGACAGUGAGGAUGAUGACACUGCAGCUCUUCUGGCUGAACUGGAAAAAAUCAAGAAAGAACGAGCUGAGGAACAGGCUCGAAAGGAACAAGAGCAAAAGGCUGAAGAAGAAAGAAUUCGGAUGGAGAACAUUCUGAGUGGUAACCCACUGCUGAACCUUACUGGCCCAGCACAGCCUCAAGCCAACUUCAAAGUGAAGAGGAGAUGGGAUGAUGAUGUUGUCUUCAAGAAUUGUGCCAAGGGAAUAGAUGAAACAAAAAAGGACAAAAGAUUCGUGAAUGAUACUCUGCGAUCAGAGUUUCACAAGAAGUUCAUGGAAAAAUAUAUCAAGUAGGAAAGAUAUCUGUGGAGUGCUGCUGAAGGACUUGGAAGGUCAUGGUGGUUCCCUCCCUCUCCCUCAGAAUUUGAAGCUGAACACUUGCUCAUGAGUUCCCAAAUGCUUUUCCAAGAUCGUCAGCAGCUUCAUAGUUAGUAAUUCUGGAUCUGGAGUUUUUAUUCCUGCAGUAUGUUUUUCUUUUUAGUUUUAAUUAAAUCUGUUUGUGUUUCCUGAA